ACCACCCCCACAAAGUCUCCUUAAACCGACCCACGCACCCUCGCCAUGCCACCACCCACCCCCCACCUUCCCAAAACUCUUCCUUUUUAUCCCUUUCUUCCUCAAGAUCAGAUUUUUCAGCAGAUUUUUCGGGUCGCCGUUCGACCCGAUUCGUUUCCAAGAUGCAUUUUAACCGGCCCAGGGUUUCUGGUACCAGCCGCCACUCUUCAUUUGCUGAGCAGGCUCUUACAGAAGCAAGCAAAAACGGCGCCGUUUUGGACCAGGUUUUGUUGACUUUUGAGUCAAAGCUAUUGGGUUCUGAUGAUUAUACGUUCUUGUUUAGGGAGCUGGGGAAUAAAGGGGAGUGGUUAGCUGCUAUGCGUUGCUUCGAAUUUGCUGUUCGUCGCGAAAGGAAGCGAAAUGAGCAAGGUAAAUUAGCUAGUUCAAUGAUUAGUAUACUUGGUAGAUCAGGUAAAGUUGAUUUAGCUGAAAAAGUGUUUCAAAAUGCUGUGAAUGAGGGUUAUGGUAAUACUGUUUAUGCUUAUUCCGCCUUGAUUAGUGCUUACGCUAAGAGUGGGCAUUGUAACGAGGCGAUUGGAGUCUUUGAGACCAUGAAAGAUUCCGGCUUGAAGCCUAAUUUAGUUACUUACAACGCACUAAUCGAUGCUUGUGGGAAAGGGGGUGCUGAUUUUAAGAAGGCAUCGGAGAUUUUUGAUGAAAUGUUGAGAAAUGGGGUGCAACCGGAUAGGAUUACUUUUAAUUCGCUGCUUGCUGUUUGUAGUGGUGCGGGGUUGUGGGAAACGGCGAGGGGUUUGUUUAAUGAGAUGAUUUAUAGAGGAAUUGAUCAGGAUAUAUACACGUAUAAUACGUUCUUGGACGUAGCUUGCAAUGGGGGGCAGGUAGAUGUUGCUUUUGAUAUUAUGUCUGAGAUGCACGCGAAGAAUAUCUUGCCCAACCAAGUUACUUACAGUACUGUGAUUCGUGGGUGUGCAAAGGCGGGGAGAUUAGACAAAGCGUUGAGUUUGUUUAAUGAGAUGAAGUGUGCAGGCAUAACAUUGGACAGGGUUUCUUACAAUACGUUACUUGCUAUAUAUGCUAGCUUGGGAAAGUUUGACGAGGCUCUUAGUGUUAGCAGGGAGAUGGAGAGUAUGGGAAUUAAGAAAGAUGUUGUCACUUACAAUGCUCUUCUGGAUGGGUUUGGAAAACAAGGGAUGUACGCCAAGGUUAAGCAGUUGUUUGCAGAGAUGAAAGCUGAAAAGCUUUCACCUAACUUAUUGACGUACUCCACGUUGAUCAGUGUGUAUUUGAAAGGAGGUUUGUAUCAGGACGCAGUGGAGGUCUAUAAGGAGUUUAAGCGCCAAGGUCUGAAGGCAGAUGUCGUUUUUUAUAGCAAACUUAUUGAUGCCUUGUGUAAGAAAGGCCUUGUGGAGUAUUCUUCAUUGUUGCUCAACGAAAUGACCAAGGAAGGGAUACAACCAAAUGUUGUUACAUACAAUUCUAUAAUCAAUGCUUUUGGUGAAUCAACAAGCAAUGAUUGUGGAUCAGAUAAUGUCACACAGGUUGUACCCACGGUCCCUGAGAGUAAGGUGGUAUGCACUGCAGAGGAUAAUAUCAUUAAAAUUUUUGAGCAAUUAACUACUCAAAAGGCAGCUAACGGGAAGAAAACUAAUGGUGAAAAACAGGACUUGCUCUGUAUUUUGGGUGUUUUCCAUAAGAUGCAUGAAUUACAAAUAAAGCCUAAUGUAGUCACAUUUUCAGCAAUCCUGAAUGCUUGCAGCCGGUGCAGUUCAUUUGAUGAAGCUUCACUCUUACUCGAAGAACUUCGCCUAUUUGAUAAUCAAGUAUAUGGGGUGGCACAUGGACUUCUCAUGGGUCAGCAGGAAGGUGUAUGGACACAAGCUCUAUCUCUUUUCAAUGAAGUGAAGCAGAUGGACUCUUCAACUGCAUCUGCCUUUUACAAUGCUUUGACUGACAUGUUGUGGCAUUUUGGUCAGAAACAAGGUGCUCAACUGGUUGUGCUUGAAGGAAAACGUCGCGAAGUGUGGGAGAACACAUGGUCUACUUCUUGCUUGGAUCUGCAUUUGAUGUCUUCAGGCGCUGCAUGUGCGAUGGUCCACGCAUGGUUGCUUAGUAUACGGUCUAUUGUGUAUGGAGGCCAUGAGCUACCAAAGAUAUUGAGCAUUUUGACUGGCUGGGGCAAGCACAGCAAGAUUACAGGUGAUGGCGCUCUGAAACGAGCGAUUGAGGGCCUGCUCACAAGCAUAGGUGCACCGUUCCAGAUAGCCAAGUGUAAUAUCGGAAGGUUUAUAUCCACGGGAGCGGUGGUAGCUGCAUGGUUGAGAGAAUCAGGCACACUGGAAGUACUUGUUCUUCACAAUGAUAGAAGUCACUUGGGCUCGACAAGGUUUGGUCAAAUUUCUAAUUUACAGCCGUUGCCAUUGUAGUUAUUUCUGUAUCAUUUGACCGGGAAUUUGACAUCUCAAUUCCAGUGUAAAUUAUAUAUAUUCCUUCUGUUGGGUGAGAAAUGUCCGAUUCUACUUUCAAAUUC